CAAUCACCUCUGUGUACAUCUUACACUACAGCAAGCUUUGUCGAUUAACAGCCAGACCGCUGUGCUUCCCUCCAGCUGAGUGACCUGGAUAGACCCCUGUAAGGGAAUGAUAGAAUCUGUAACACAGAGCCAAUUGAUGCCAUCGUACUCUGAUGCACAGUUCUCCUGGAUGGACUUGUUCUGUUCUGACAUCUAUCCCGCAUAUCGAGAUCCACCAGGCGUCCAAACUCUGUGGUCUUUACUUUCCCCGGAACACUGGACUCGGCACCAUGUGUGUGAUUGGCUGCAGUAUUGCUGUGACAGUUACAAGCUGGACGCUACGUGCAUAUCAUUCCCUCACUUCAACGUGCCAGGGGUGCAGCUCUGCAGUAUGAGCAAGGAGGACUUCAUAGAGGCUGCAGGGUUGUGCGGACAGUACCUAUACAGCCUUCUUCAAGACAUACGCACAAAUGGAGUUUCGUUACUAAACAGCCCCGAAAAUUCCAGUCCGUCCAGUGGAGAUAAUACGUUUCUUGAUACAACUCCAGAAGCCCAUCCACCUUACCAACAUACCCGUACUAUCCAAGGUGAAAAAAAAGUUGUUUUGAAAGAAGCAACAAAAAAGCAUAAAUCUUUACCUCACAAUCGGCCAGGGAUGCACAAUUCCCACCUUUGGGAGUUCUUGCGAGACAUCCUCCUCUCACCUGAUGACAAUGAUGGGAUUUUGGACUGGGAAGACCAGGAACAAGGAGUCUUCCGUGUUGUGAAGUCAGAAGCACUGGCCAAAAUGUGGGGCAAAAGAAAACGUAAUGACAGGAUGAAUUAUGAAAAGCUCAGCAGAGCUCUACGGCACUAUUAUAAGACUGGAAUCUUGGAGCGCGUGGAUAGGCGGCUUGUGUACAAAUUUGGGAAGAAUGCCUAUGGCUGGCACUGACAAAAGAUCCUGAAAAAGUCUCGUCUGAAGCUAAGCAUUUUAUGCUAUAAACUUUAACAUGGACUGGACUUGGUUGGGCCGAGAACCUCCUCAUCAGUAACUAUAUUUCUACGAUAUUGGAUACCACCAAUGUGAUUUCCUAACGCAAGGAAAGGAUUCAUGAGCACUCAUUCUGGCUUAUAAUUUAUGCUUUGUAAGUACUAACCAAAAAUAUCACAGUAAAUUAAGCACUUUUAAGACCCAUUUAAUAACACAGGCGGGUAGCCAGGGUCAUAAUGCCA